AGAGCUUUUCCUUUUGAAACUAUGGCUAAAGCGAUAUCAAAGAAGCGAAAAUUUGUAGCCGACGGCAUCUUCAAGGCUGAGUUGGACGAGUUUUUGCGUCGCGAACUGGCCGAAGAUGGUUACAGCGGUGUCGAAGUACGGAUGUCUCCCGCGCGCACCGAAAUCAUCAUUUUGGCCACUCGUACGCAAUCGGUGUUGGGCGAGAAGGGCCGCCGCAUUCGCGAGUUGACCAGUGUUGUACAGAAACGGUUUAACUUUCAAGAGGGCACCGUUGAGAUGUACGCCGAGAAAGUAUCGGACAGAGGACUGUGCGCUAUCGCUCAGUGCGAAUCGUUGCGAUACAAACUGAUCGGCGGUCUUGCCGUUCGCCGGGCCUGCUAUGGUGUCCUGCGAUUCAUUAUGGAAUCGGGUGCCAAAGGUUGCGAAGUUGUGGUCAGCGGUAAACUUCGUGGACAGCGGGCCAAGAGUAUGAAGUUUGUGGACGGAUGGAUGAUUCAUUCCGGUCAGCCCACCAACGACUACGUAGACACUGCUGUCCGACACGUACUUCUACGACAGGGAGUGUUGGGUAUUAAAGUUAAAAUCAUGUUGUCGUGGGAUAUCACCGGCAAAAAGGGACCGAAACUACCGCUGCCCGACAACGUUAACAUUGUUGAGCCCAAGGAUGAGACAGUACCCGCUCAGCCCUAUUCCGAGUCGAAGGAAUCGGCCAAACCUGUGGUUCCCGUCGUUGUUUAAAAGAGACGAUUUUUGUUUAACAAUUAAAUUGAAUAAAUAAAAAAACAUUUAAUUAAGAAAAUAAUUUUUAUUUUAUUU